AUGACGCUUGCAAUUAGUCCAGGCAACAGAAGCAUUUCUGUUAUGAAACCACUCAAGCAAAGGCAAAAAACGACAGAGGAGACAAGAGAACAACACAAGCGAGAGAACACAAGCAAGGAGAACACAAGCAAGGAGAACACAAGCAAGGAGAACACAAGCAAGGAGAACACAAGCAAGAGGAACACAAGCAAGAGGAACACAAGCAAGAGGAACACAAGCAAGAGGAACACAAGCAAGAGAAAACAAGCAAGAGAACACAGCGAGAGAACACAAACAAGGAGAACGCAAACAAGAGAACGUAAACAGAAGAACGUAAACAAGAGAACCAAGCAAGAGAACACAAGCAAGGAGAACACAAGCAAGGAGAACAAAGCAAGAGAACACAGCAAGAGAACACAAGCGAGAGAACACAAGCAAUAG